AUGCAAGCGAUUACUGUUGAUGGACAGGAAGCUGUGUUUAUCCCCUCAAGUACGGGACUCGUUUCACCCCUUAGGGUUCUGCCUGCUGGAGUCUUACCCACUGGAGCACCUUUGACACCUACUACAUUAUUUCCUGGCCAAAAUGUCUCAGUACGCCCAAACACUCAAGUUUUGCAAGUUCAACAAAGUAUUCCUGUUCAGGUUCCUAUAUCAACUUCAAAUGGCCAGACUGUUUAUCAGACUGUUCAUUUUCCUUUGCAAUCAUUUACCAGUUUACCAAAUAUUUUACAAACUACUGUGAUACCUCAAAUUUCUCAAAUGGGAACGUCACAGUUAGCUCAAGUCGUAACGCCGUCUGGACAAGUACAACAAGUUCAGGUGGUGACCCCCGUUAGCCAGCAAGGUACGCUUGUCGUUCAACAGCAGCCGCACAACAGCAGUGCCUCCACGACAACGACCACUACUACCGAUAGUAUUUUAGUUCCUCAUCAGCAGUUUCUUUUAGGUAGCAAUCAACAGCAAGUAACUGUGAUUCCUGUUUCAAGCCUUGCUAAUCUGACCAAUGGCAUCGCUCUAAGGGAUAACAAUAUUGUUCAGCUUCCCAGUCAAAACACAGUACCUCAGUCAGUUCAGCAACCUCUGAUACAGACAAUUCCACAAGGAACUAUUCAAAUAAUAUCAAGUGGCAGCCCUGGUGGACAGGAUAGCAGUAGUGGAGAGAGGUGGCAAGUCGUAGGUGUCGCACAACCCUCUUCAUCACCCCCUUUAGAAGACGAGUCUCAAUUAGCCGAUGAGAAGCCUCGAAUGAGAAGAGUUGCUUGUUCAUGCCCGAAUUGCAUCGAAGGUUUGCAGGCGGGUUGCUCCCGAUCACGUGCUGAAGAUCCAGUUACUAGUCUUGAGCAGUCGAGGUCUCUUGGAAAAACUUGGUCAGGUAUGAGAAAGAAACAGCAUGUAUGCCACGUUCCCGGUUGUAACAAAGUCUACGGAAAGACAUCGCAUCUCAGAGCACACUUGAGGUGGCAUACUGGAGAAAGGCCCUUUAUAUGUUCGUGGGAAUACUGUGGAAAAUGUUUUACAAGAUCUGAUGAACUACAGAGGCAUCGCAGAACACAUACUGGAGAAAAAAGGUUCAUGUGCUCGCAAUGCCACAAAAAGUUCAUGAGGAGCGACCAUCUCUCUAAGCACAUCAAGACCCACCAGAAAACGCGAACAGAGGUUACUACAUCUACGCAAGGUGAUGAAGAAACAUCUGGCGAGGAUGACAAAAUGCUAAUAACACUUCAAGCUGAGUCAGAACCUCCGGAAUUGUCUAUCGUUGAUACUAUCGACUCCAUGUAA